AAACCAGAGAUAUUUCUUUGUCUUUUUUGGGAUUAAGGAAGCUAAUAUCUGUUGUCUUUUCGAGUUUCAGGUCUAGCCCUAACCCUAAAAUUCAGCCAUGUCGUCCAAGCAAGGAGGGAAAUUGAAGCCCUUGAAGCAGCCCAAGUCUGGUAAGAAGGAGUACGAUGAGCACGAUAUGGAGUUAAUGCAGAAAAAGAAGGAUGAAGAGAAGGCGCUUAAAGAACUCAGGGCCAAGGCUUCACAAAAAGGAUCAUUUGGAGGCACAGGACUUAAGAAGAGUGGAAAGAAAUAAGACUAGUCUGCCUCGAAAUGUAAAUCUCAUACUGUAUCUCCUAUUCCUAUAUAUGCUUGUCAUUGUACCAUGGCUAGUUAUAUACUAAUCACUAAAAUCAUAUAAAUCUAGGAUUUGCACAUUCUUCAAAAUUCUGCAACUUUCAUUAGGGUUUUAAGUUGUUCCAAGCUUCGAUCAAACACAA